AUGUCUGGAAGCAAAGACGCCCUUGGAGCCGGGGGCGAAGGUGGUGGUCACGCAUCGCAGGCGGCCGUGGCUGGUACUCCCGCCACCGAGCGAAGAACAAUAAACGGCGCGACAGUCAAUGACCAAGAUCCUGAUGGAAGUGUGCGCCGCGUCCGGAGGAUGAUCCGAGAGAAGCUGCGAGCUCAGGGGAGACCUGCGCCGGACUCACCACCUCGACCAACCCCCUUGGCCGACUCGCACCCGUUUGCGAGGCAGUUGCUCGAUGCCGGUGGGGAGGUAAUCUACGAGAAGAUACGCUGCUGGAUAGUCAAGCACGCCUGCCAUACUAAGGUGACCAAGUUUCACCUCCGUGGGAUUCGCCCGGCCGAAGUGGAAGCCAUGCGCUUCAUCGCCGAGCACACCACCAUCCCUGUGCCGCGCGUCUACGACGCCGGCGAGAAGCAUCUCACCAUGGAGUUUAUCGAAGGCGAGAGGCUCCGUGAGGCCUGGGACAAGUCUCUCUCUAUCGAGGAUCAGGCCCUGGUGGUGCAGCAGCUGCGCGACUACAUCACCCAGCUGCGCGCUGUCAAGAGCUCCGACGGCAUCAUCUGCUCUUUCGGCGGUCGCCCUGCCGUCGACUCGCGAAUGUUCUACCUCGAGGGCGGGCCUUUUGCCAACGAGGCCGCGUACAAUGACUUCCUCGUCUCGGACCUGGUUGGAGACGCGAGUGUGCGGGAUAUGAUUCGCACGCAACUUCGGGGAGACCAUGCGAUCGUGCUGACACACGGCGACCUGCACGCCAUCAACAUCAUGGUGCGGCCGGGCGUCGGCGUCGUGGCGGUUCUUGACUGGGAGCUGGCGGGGUUCUAUCCGGAGUACCUCGAGCUGGUCAGACCGUUUCGAGCUGCCGACUGGACUUGUGGUUACUACAAGGAGCUGCUCAACAUCUUCCCGCAGAGGUACGAUGCCGAGUGGGUGGUUGAGAUGGUGCUUCAUCAGUGGAGUCACCACUGA